CGUGUGGCUCUAAAAAGGUUACUCAACGCUCGCGACCUGAAUGCGAGUGUGGUGUGGUUAAUACACUUUAAGGCACGCUUAAGGGUCAUUUCUGACCGUGGUUGGCCGAAUGGGUGGUAAGAAGAAGAAAUCAACCCCGCCGGUGGUUGUUGUUACCGCGGGUACCCCGGCGGCAUCAGGCCGGGCUAGCGUUCCCACUGUCGGGAACGGUGCUACGGACGAGCCGAAGAAGCAACCGGGAAGCAGCAAGCUGAGCAAAGCAGCUAAAGACAACAAGCCUAAAGGUCCAAAGACCUACAGUCUGACCAACACUGCCCAAGUGGAUACAGGAGGUGUGACGGACAAAUCCAUCCUAAAAGUUUCCAUCCAAGCAGAUUUGGAGAAAAAGAUCAUAAAGCUGAUCAAUGACUUCCGGCAGGAGAAUGGCGACAAAGGGCCAGUGUCGGGCAGACUCACCAACAAGAAACUUUUGGAUUUGUACACAGCCCUGCAGAAGUUCAACUUCAAGCGGGAGCAUAUCGAGGAAGCCAUGAAGAGCAGCGUGCUCUACGGCGGCGAUCUCCACUCUGCCCUCGACUGGCUCUGCUUGAACCUUCGAGAUGAGGAGCUGCCCGAAGGUUUCAGCCAGCAGAUGCAGGAGGAGAGCCAGAGAAGCAGGCCUAGGUUCCAGCCUCCUGUGCGACCCCGAACUCCAAGCCCCGAGCUACCCAAAACGCCCCCUUCCAAAGACACCAGCAAGGCGUCCGUAAAAGAUGAUGACGCUCGCAUGAAGGACUGGAUCUUAAGGUACGCCGAGCAGAGCAGCGAUGACGACGAGGAGGAGGGCGAAGGAGAGAAGAUCUCGCAACGCAACCCGGAAUUGGACCAAAAGUUUGAUCCGAACGACAGAUAUUUGGUCUUGACUGCUCAGCUAUACGACGCUAAAGAAAUGGCAAUGGCGGCCAAAACCAAAGGAGACAAGGCGGCCCAGCGGAUGGCGCAAGACCGAAUUCGCAUCAUACAGCAAGAAAUGAAGCCACUAGAGUCGCACCCUGUAUUCAACCCUGCCAUUAAAGUGGUGGAGGCACCCCAAAAGGAAAAGAUGACGCCUUCUGGCAACCAGGACAAAGAUGAAAUCGGUUUCCAAUUGUUUGAAAAGGCGGAAAAAGAGGCCUCGGCAGACAAAGUCACGCAACAAAAGAAGAAGAACGAACCAAAGGACAUUCGUAACUUUGACUACACGGCACGCAGUUGGACAGGCAAGUCCCCAAAACAGUUCCUCAUCGACUGGGUGCGUAAAAAUUUCCCCAAGAGUCCUCCGCCGGCCUUCCACAAAGUUGCUGCAGGCAGAUACUGGAGGUGCAAGGUACGCGUUCAGAGGACGGAGGACGUCUUGGAAGUUUGUCCCACCAUCCUGACCGAGGACAGCAUGCAGGCUCAGCAUUUGGGCGCCACCUUAGCACUCUACAACCUGGUGAAAGGACAGUCGGUGCACCAGCUCCUCCCCCCAACCUACCGGGACGUGUGGCUGGAGUGGCGGGACGGCGAGCAGCAGCAAAAAGAAGAGACGCGCAGCGCCGCCAACAAGCCCCGAGACCAGUUCAUCGCCCGACUCCUGACCCGCCUCAAGCAACAGCAGCCCCACCACGGGCUCGAGUCACAAUCCGACAGCCCCACCUGGCUUAGCGCCGCCGCAGAUGAGGAAGCGGAGGACUCCUGGGAGAGCCUUGCCACCCUUGAUAUCGUGGAGAAAGGGGGAGGAGAUGUGGAGGGGAAGAUGGAGGGAAGGGGGGGUGGGAGCGAGCAGGAUGAAGCGCUGAGGACGGCAAGAGGACUCCUCAUGAACCUCAGGACGUCCCCUCUGGCUCUGAGACUCCUGGCGGACCGAGAGCAGCUUCCCGUCUUCCAGCACCGCCAACGCGUCCUGGAGGCUUUGCAGCGCCACCGUGUGGUGGUGGUGGCCGGCGAGACCGGCAGCGGCAAAAGCACGCAGAUCCCGCAGUUCCUCCUUGACGAGCUUCUGCUCGCUGGCGAGGCGGCCCGACCCUGCAACGUCGUCGUCACGCAGCCCCGACGGAUCUCCGCCAUGAGUCUGGCCUGCAGGGUCAGCCAGGAGCUGGGCUGCCAGGACGGGCCGGGGUCAAAGUCGUCGCUGUGCGGCUACCAGAUCAGGAUGGAGAACCAGUCGGGCGAGUGGACUCGCUUGUUAUACUGCACCACCGGAGUUCUGCUGCGAAAGCUCCAGCACGACAGACACCUCAGCAAUCUGACCCACAUCAUCGUGGACGAGGUGCACGAGCGCAGCGUCCAGUCCGACUUCCUGCUCACCAUCCUGAAGGACGUGGUUUCGAGGCGGGCAGACCUGCAGCUGAUCCUCAUGAGCGCCACCGCCGACUGCCACAAAUUCUCAAAAUACUUCAACCGCUGCCCCGUGCUCAACAUCCCGGGACGGACUUUCCCGGUGGAGGUCUUCCAUUUAGAGGACAUUGUAGAGGAGACAGGCUACGUCCUGGAGAAGGACUCGGAGUACUGCCAGAAGGUCCUGGAAGAGGAAGAGGAAGUCGGUAUCGCCGUGACACAAAAAGGCGGAAAGACAUUACAACACCAGGAGGUGAUCGUGAGGGACUCGUCACCAUGCUGGGAUUUAGGUCCCGACUUGGACCACUUCAGCAGCAGGACUCGCCAGGUGCUGCAGUACAUGAACCCCAACAAGAUCAACAUGGACCUACUGGUGGAGCUCAUCAGCUACCUCGAUAAAGCUCCACAAUUCACAGCGCUAGAUGGCGCUGUUCUGGUCUUUCUGCCUGGUCUGGCUCACAUCCAGCAGUUGUUUGACCUGCUGUCCUCUGACAAGCGCUUUAAGGACAAAAACAGGUACAGGAUUGUCGCGCUGCACUCUACGCUGUCAUCGAAGGAGCAGGCUGCGGCUUUCACGUUGCCUCCGGCUGGCGUCAGGAAGAUUGUGUUGUCCACGAACAUUGCAGAGACAGGCGUGACCAUUCCCGACGUUGUGUUUGUCAUCGACACGGGAAAAACCAAAGAGAACAAGUACCACGAAAGCAGCCAGAUGAGCUCCCUGGUGGAGACGUUUGUGUCCAAGGCCAGCGCCCUCCAGAGGCAGGGCAGAGCAGGACGUGUCCGUAACGGCUUCUGCUUCAGACUCUACCCCAAGUACAGAUUUGACUCAUUUAUGGAAUACUCCAUUCCAGAGAUACUUCGAGUACCCCUGGAGGAGCUCUGCUUGCAUAUUAUGAAAUGUGAGUACGGCUCUCCGGAAGAGUUCCUGAGCGGCGCUCUGGACGCCCCGCAGCCUCAGUCCGUGAUGAACGCCGUCAACCUGCUGCGGAAGAUCGGCGCCUGUCAGCCCGGCCGCCACCUGCUCACCCCGCUGGGGCAACAUCUGGCCAACCUGCCGGUCAACGUCAAGAUUGGCAAGAUGCUCAUCUACAGCGCCAUCUUGGGCUGCCUGGAGCCCAUUGCGACCAUUGCGGCGGCCAUCACGGAGAAGUCUCCUUUCUCCACGCCCAUGAACAGGAAGGAGGAAGCCAACCUGGCCAAAGCUGCGCUCGCAUUGGCCAACUCUGACCACAUGACCAUCUACAACGCAUAUCUCGGCUGGAAGAAUUCCCAAAAUGAAGGAUACAAAGCAGAAAUGUCCUUUUGCCGGAAACACUUCCUCAACCGUGCCGCUCUUGCCACUAUAGAGGACGUGAAGCAGGAGCUGAUGAAGAUGAUGGAGCAGGCGGGCUUCUGCUCAUCGCGGCCGCCUCGGCCCCCCGCGGCGUCCAAACCGCCGGCGUCGCUUCUGGCGGCGGCGCUGACGGCGGGGCUGUACGACAGCGUGGCGCGGGUGUUGUGCGUCACCUCCGUGGACGUGCUGGAGCGAGUGGCGUGCUCGGCGGAGACGCCGCAGGGUCGAGCGCAGGUCCACCCGUCGUCCGUCAACCGCAACCUGCAGACGCACGGCUGGCUGCUCUACCAAGAGAAGGUGAAGUACACCAAGAUCUACCUGCGGGACACUACUCUCGUAUCUCCGUUCCCCAUGCUGCUCUUUGGAGGGGACAUCGACAUUCAGCACAGGGAACGUCUCAUCACGCUGGACGGAUGGAUGCACUUCCAGGCUCCCGUGCGCAUCGGCGUGAUCUUCAAACACUUGAGGAAGCUUCUGGACUCAUUGCUGGAGAAGAAGCUAGAGAACCCACGCAUGAAUUUAGAAGGUGAGAAGACCAUCCAAAUCAUCUUGGAGCUGAUUAAUUCGGAGAACACGGCGUAAUGUAUGAAUGAACAGCUGGUGCUCACUAAAGAUUUUCAAUCACGGUAAUAAUCCUCAUAGAAAUGUAAAACACGGGAGGAAUUGUCAUUGCAAACAGUUGUCGUAAUAAAGUAUUUUUUAAUCAU